AUGGUAGAUCUUAAUUCAAUUACAACUUUGGUGACUUCUUCAGUAAAGAAUCAUCAAAAGGAGUUGUUAUAUGUAGCAGGUUAUUAUGGUGUAGCUGCUGCAAUCAAUUAUAUAACAUAUAGAAUGCAUUCAAAGAAACCACAAGAAACUAUUGAACAUUAUAUAAUCAAUGCACCAGUUAUUAUUGAUUUACAAGUAAAGAUGUUACAAACCAAUGAUUUCGAGAGAAUAUUCAAAGGUAAUCAAAUGUUGUUGUUGUAUACCAACAUUUCAUCAAACAAGGCUGCAAUCUUGCAACUAUCAAAUAGAAAGACAAUCCUUGGAUUGGUAGAGAUUAUCCGUACUGCAUCAUCUGCAGUCUCCAAACAAUACCUAAACAGUCAAUUUAAAACACCCGAAGAAAGAGAUAUGGUCAUCAAUGUUGUAGGUGCAAAUAAUAUAAUGACAUUUUCAAUUAUGAUUUUAGAUUUAUUAUAUACUUAUUGCUCAUUGGAGGAAAUACCAAUUAGAGAAAUUAUAGAUUUAAUGGAAUCAAUUGAAACACCAAUGCCAAUUGUAAUCUUGUUGGGAUAUUCAAUUGCUAAAUUGAUAAACACUAGAAGAGAUGCAAGAGCUGAAUGUAUUAAUCAAGGUGCCUACAAGGCAUUGGGUGAUUUGUUAUUGAUUUAUGGUGGUGAUCUUAAAUUUGAAAUCAAAGAUGCACUUUAUAAGCUGACAACUACCAUCUCUGUGGCUAUUAAAAGAAAUCUAAUCGAUACUGAUAUGAUUGAUUAUAACACUUACCAACACCUAAAGAAUUGGAGAUUUAUCGGUUGGCUUCCAAGACCAUUCAAAUACAAUGUACUUUGGAAUACAUUUACCUUUGCAUCGGCUAUUGCCUAUGUACAUCUGUUCAAAGAUCAAUCCGUAUGGCAAGCAUGUGCACUUGGUGCAAGUGCCAUUCUCUUACCAAAGAUACAUACAAUGAUCUACGAUCCCAUCAAGAGUCGUCUCAAUACCCAACGUUCCCUCUUCCUCUUUGACACUUUUGAUAUGGGCUUGUGUUUUUCUGCCAUGCAUGCUCUCAACAAUCUCGUUUUCAACAACAACUAUACCAUUGUCUACAUUGGAUCUAGUUUUAUCAAUAGUAUCAUUCAAUACACUAGAGAUCAAACAAAACAUAAUCGUUCUCUAAAUGCUUUCUUUAGAAGAGAUGAAGUUAGUAUUAGUGAUGAUUUAACAAAUCCUGAAUUACAAAAGAACCAAUAA